AUGCAGUUCCCAUGCAAAGAAGUGGGGAAGCCGAGACAGGCAUGGCCGACGUUCGUCUCGUAUGCAGAGGCGGCCGCCUUCAAGAUGCAAGGCGACAUGCCAGGACUGGGCAUGGUGUAUGACUGCAUCGUUGGAGAGUGGCAGGAGCCGAUGGCGCUGGAGAGGGAACUGGCGAUGGGGUUCAUGGAAGACGCAACUGCUCACCCGGAAGUGACAGAGAGAUCAGCAGUGAAGGAGGCCUUGGCGAGGGCCAUGCUAGGAGAAAUUCAAGAGAAUGACGAGGUGCAACACGAGUGGGGUCAUCUACUGGAGAGGAGAUGGGUAUACCCAUGGGAGGAGGAGGAUGAAGUGGCGGAUCUGUACGCGGAGCAAACGCAUAUCUGGCUCCCAUGUGAUCGAGAGGAGGCAGGGGUGGAUAAAAAGCGGGAAGAGUUCAGUUGGCUCGAGGAAGCCAUCGAGAGGCAGCGAAGCAGGGAGAGCUAUGAGCGGGAGUUCGGGUCACGAGAGUUUGACUUGAUGGCAGCGACAAAGGAGGAGGAGCGGGCAGCGACGGAAGGGCGAGACGCAAAAGUGGCUUAG